AUGGAGGGCAACGCGCACCUCCUGCAGCUCAUCCGCAAGAUGCGCUCCCAAAUCAACAAGCUGGAGAGGGAAAACAGAGCCCUGAAGGGAGAGCUGCAGGGCUGCGGGCAGAGGGCUGUGCCGGCGGAGAGAGGGGCGGCACGGAGAGAUGGGGACAGCGCUGCGAGGAGCGGGGACAGCGAUGCUGCCAUGACCGUGAGACGCUACCCCACCGUGUGCCCAGCUCCUGCUCCCUGCAGCACCAGGUCCCACUGGGCUGGCAGGAAAGCUCUGAGCAAUGGGCACCCAGAGGUGCCAGGCACUGCCCAGCCCCAAGCACAGCUCAGCAGGGAAGAGGAGAAAKGCCUUGGAAAAUCUCCAUCCAGCUGUGUCUCCUACAGCCCCUCUGGCGGCACGGAGCUGUUCCAGGAGCGCAUCUGCAAGUGCAGGGGUAAAGUAAAGGCUGUGAGUUUCCUCUUACCRGUGGAUAUGUCAUCAUUUGCUGAAAAGCCAGCUGCUCACAAAAGCCCACAAAAUCAGAGCACAAAACAUCUGAUGACCAUCGCUGAAAAGGAUAUGUGAGCUGGUGAAUUUUUAAAGGCCCAUUGAUUCCCGAGAUAAA